AUGUGUAAACUGAAGAUGCUACACAUUCAUAAUUUGAGGCUUCCUGCUGGCCCCAAAUAUCUUCCUAAUGCGUUGAGAUUUCUGAAUUGGCGUUGGUAUCCUUCAAAAUCUCUCCCACCAGGUUUUCAACCGGAUGAUCUUAUUGAACUUAGUUUGCCCCAUAGCAAUAUUCAUCACUUCUGGGAUGGAACAACAUAUUUAAACAAGUUGAAAUCUAUCGAUCUUAGUUGCUCCAAAAACUUGACAAAAACCCCAGAUUUCACUGGUAUUCAAAACCUUGAGAAGUUGGUUCUUGAAGGCUGUACGAAUUUAGUGAAGGUUCAUCCAUCUGUUGCAUUGCUCAAGAGACUCAAAAUUUGGAAUUAUAGAAACUGCAGAAGUAUUAAGAGUCUACCACGUGAAGUGAAAAUGGAAUUUCUUGAAACUUUUGAUCCUUCAUCAAUUGAGCGCUUCAGUGAGAGUUUGGUGGAGCUUGAUUUGAGUGGAACUGUUAAAAGAGAGAGGGCAUACUCCCUUUUUCUAAAGCAGAAUCUCAGUGUAUCAUCUUUUGGCUUAUUUCCAAGAAAUGGACCUCACCCUUUGCUUCCACUGUUAGCUUCCUUGAAGCAUUUGUCUUUUUUGACGUCAUUAAAGCUGAAUGAUUGUAAUCUCUGUGAAGGAGCAAUUCCCAAUGAUAUUGGUUCUCUGUCCUCCUUGAAGUUCUUGGAACUCGGGGGACAUAAUUUUGUUACCCUUCCUGCAAGCAUUCGAUUGCUUUCUAAGCUUACAUUCUUUAACGUGGAGAAUUGCAAAAUGCUUGAACAAUUGCCAGACCUCCAAUUAAAUGGUGAAUUAUGUGUAGGAAGCAUCAAUUCAUUCAAUUGUACAUCCUUACAAGCUUUCCCAGAUCCAUCAGAUUUGUGCAGAUUCAAUACGAUUGGUAAUCUGGAUUCAAGUUAUUUGUUGUAUUCAAUCCUGAAGAGGUUGCUUGAGGAAACCCCUCCUUCCUUUCACUAUUUCAGUCUUGUAUUUCCUGGAAGUUAUAUUUUUGAGUGGUUCAGUAAUCAAAGUGUGGGAGACUCGGUAACUGAGAAGAUACCUUAUUCAUGUAAUAGCAGCAAGUGGAUUGGGAUCGCUGUAUGUGCGUUAUUUGCAGCUCAAGACAAUCCAUCUGCCGUUCCUGAAGAGCGUGAUUUAAAUCCUGAUGAAAAUUCAGUUACGUCUACAUUGAGGUUCUACAGUUUUCGUUUCCAAGUUAAACCAAUUGGUUCAGUCUACAGUUUUCAUUACCCUGUUAAACAGCAAGUGGAUUCGGAUCACCUUAUUUUCUCUGUUUUCUCCACUCAUUACUUGCAACUUGAGAAUUUUCUGGAGGACACUUUGGUUAAGUGUGUUUUCGAAACCCAUCGACCUGUACGAAACAACAGAUGCUUGAAGGUAAAGAAAUGUGGGGCCCGUGCACUGUAUGAGCACGACAUGGAAGAGCUGAUCGCUAAAAUGAACCAAUCUAAGAGUAAAUCAGUAUAUGAACAAGGUAGUGCCAACGUUGAGGAACAACGCAGUUGUGGCUAUGACGAUGAAUAUUACUCUGCGGAAGAAUGA